CAAUAAUUGUUUUAUUUUUAAUUUUAUUAUUUUAAGCUCUGCCGGAAUUUGGGCCCCGGAUCACAUCGAAAGGAAUUUUUUCAUUCGAUUCAAAUUCGGCUAAUAAAAAUGGCAACAACAAUCACCGAUCGCUUCAUUCCUAUUAUUCGAAAAGGAUGACGUCAUCUGCAACAGCAGACGACGAAGAAAUUCAAAUCAAUUGCACGUCGAAUCGUUCCAAACCGGCCGCCGAACUUCAUUGGUACGUCAACGGUUUCAAGGUGAAGGGAGAGCAUUUAAUGGAGUACGCCCCGUUUAUCGACGACGAUGGACACAAUUCGACAAUGCUGGAAAAGUCCGUGCUGGGACUCGUUUGGAAAUUGCCAUCUGGCGGAGCUCACGGAGAAUCGUUAACAGCCGACGCUGCUGACAUUGUUUUUAAUUGCACGGCCGCCGUCGGCUCCGUCUAUUGGAGCUCGACGGCUCUGACGCUCAGUCCCGAGCCGGGAGUCAACGUCAAAUCACGGCCCAUGUUGAUGUAUCACGGGAGCCAUCUGUCGGCCGACGCCCUACCUAAUACCAGUCGCAAGUCGACGACGCCCUUCAGCAUUUUUCUCUCCUCAUUAUUGAUCCUCACAGCUCAUUAUUACUAAACGAUUUGAUAAAACGAUGAAAUAUUUUGAAAUUUAAUCGAAUUUCAUUUCUAUUCUCCGGAAUUUUGUACAUACACUUCCCCUGAUUCUUUUUAAAACUA